CUCUCUCUCUCUCUCUCUCUAUAUAUAUAUAUAUAUAGAGAGAGAGAGAGAGAGAGAGAGACAGAUGCACAAACUGACAUUAAUUUCAAACAACAAAACCAUGACUGCAACUUAAUCAGUAUGUUAUUGAUUAAAGCAAUGGCAAACCUGUUUUUGCUUUUAAUAAAAGAGCGACCUAUAUUAAAAGGGGGUGGGGGGGCAUUUAAAGUGAUAAAAAUUGGUAGGGCAGAUACUUGACAGAACACUGAUAUAGUAAGGCCUCUGUAUUUGCGGGGGAUAGGUUCCAAGCCCCCCAGCAGACACAUGAAACUGCGAAUAGUCACAAACACUAUAAACUGUACAGUUGGCCCUCCACAUUUACAGCAGUUAGGGGCACAGGACCCCCACAAAAAUGGAAAAACCAUGAAUAUCUCUAGGGACUCUGUUUGGGGAUGCCACAUUCUUUAUCUCGGUACUUGCCAGUUUUACUCAUGUAUUUUGUCUCUCAGUGGCUGAAAAGACUUUUUUUCUCUCUGGAAAUAUUCACUGUUUUUCCACUUUCAUGGGGAUCCUGUGUCCCUAACCCCCAUGGACGUGGAGGGCCAUGAGCAACCACAGUUAAGUGAAACCACAGGAACUGAGACAGUGAAUACAGUUGUCCUAAUUUGAUUUUAGAAUUUACUGCCAGAAAGGGUAUUGUCACUAGUUUAAUACUUAAAGGAGUAUUAGAUAAAUCCAUUUAGUAUUGGUCUGUCAGUGGUUAAGUAUAAUAGCAAAGUGGAACCAUCUCCUUCAGAGAAAGUAUAAAUUUGAACAACAGUUGUAAGGGAAAAGAAAUGGUGUUGCUUUGUGUCAGUCCUGCUGGAGAGCUUCAUCAAAGCAUGUGACUAACCAUUUUUGUAAAUGGAAUACUAGAGUGAGUAGUUUAUAUUACUAUAACUCUGCCUACAUUUUGUGGGUAUAUUUAUCCUUCUGUUAAUAGAAACAAUGAUCUUAUUAUGCUAGCCUAAUUUGUACAAAAACAAAACCCUUAAAUAAUAGUGAGUAAUGGAUUAUAUUAUUCUCUUACGGUUUGGCUAUUAUUUGUAAUACAUCCAGCAUAUAAGGAAAAAUUGACAGGACCUAGGGGAAGAAACAGAAAAGGCCAGAUCUUGUGGCUAGGAAGACUGCAGAAUAGGCCAAAUGUCAAAAUGGUGGUUGCAGACUGAAUGAGUCACUCAUAAGUAUUGUGGGUAUCAGAUAAUACCUACCUCUUUGAGAGGGAGGGAGGAAAGGGAAGGGAAAGAAUCAAACCGAACCAGAUAUAACUCAGAUCUAAUGUUUGUCCUGAGUUAGUCAGGUCACAGUUAGACAGCAUUUGUAUUUCAUUACUUGCUGAAUUGUGGAUUUUUUUAUUUUUUUCCCUCUUGGUGAAUUUUGAAUAUUUUAAUCAUGGAUCAGCUAGCGUAUCUUUUGUUAGCUUUAUAUGUAAUAUCUUAACAACAUCAGAGAUACUCAUAUUCUUGAAGUUAAUUUUGGAUUUUAUUUUUUAUUUUUUUGGUGUAUAAUCACUUAACUUUUUCCCCUGUUCUUCCUCAGUUUGUGAGAGUCUAUAACCAAGCUACCUUAAGGAAUGAACACUAAAUAAAAAGUCAAAAUCCAGACUAAAUUGAUAGAUAAAGAAAGACUAGGUAAUAGGCAACGAAAGUGCUAAGGAAGAUAUUCAACAACUAGCAAAUCAAAACAACAGCCAUGGGACCUGCGAAGGAACCACCCAAAUAGUGGAUAAUUGUAUGUUAGGGUUCUGUGAGUUGAAAGGAAUCAAGGAUAUUCUACUUGAUGUUUAAGACGCCAUCAAUUUGUUUAGAGUCAGACUGAUGUAGUCUCAGACUAGGACCAGGGAGGCCCAAGUUCAAAUCUCCACUCCACCUAGAAAACUUGCUGGGUGACUUGGAUAGUCGCUGACAUGGUUCUCACAACAGAAUAAGCCAUAGUGGGUCGCCACUGUGGGUUAUCACAGAGGGUUAUCACAGAGUAGUUUGUCAUGACAUUUUAACCUAGUCAUGGGUUGUUUUCUAUGAACAACGUAUCCUGAGGACCCACAGCUUUUUGGGUUGUUUGGUGUCUUCAGACCUGGCUGGGCAACUUCAUUGUGCGUUGUCAGGAUUGGCUUCUGAGCAGUCUGACAUGAACAGAGAAAACUCCUGCCAUUAACUGUGAUUGUGGGGAUGGCAGUAGUGCAGCUGCCAUCCUCUGAAAUUCUUUGUUAGUGCUCUUUACCCUGUUCUUCCAAAAGGGUUAGGGACCAAAGAGUGUGUUCUGAUCCUUCUUUUGCUGUUGUGCAGGUACAUCUGUUAAAAUGUCUGCUACUCUGAAAUUUGUAUAGCUUCCGCCUCUGCUUUACUGAUCUGCCUUGAAACUUUACCAAUCUACCUCACUAUUCUACCCUGAAAUGUGUUCUCUUGAUUCCCAUCACUGCUUUAUAACUCAUAUGUAUACCUGACAACUAACAGUAGAGACCAGUGGAAGGAAGUAAGAAGCAUGAAAGUAUUGGGAGGAACCAGAAGUGGCUCACAGAUGCAGAAGAAGCAGGUGCAAUUGCAUUGCAAGCAUGUGAAACAACCUUAAAACAAAUAGUAACAGCAAAGGCUCUUUACUAGCAAGACAAGCGUACUGCCAGGAGAGAAAUAACAGUAUGCUGGAUUAAAUGGCAGAUGAAUGCUCUUGUUCUCCUGAACACUUGCAGAAGACCCCAGUAGUAAUAGUGACUAUAUCACUCUGUUCAUAAGAACUCAAAAAAUUAUACUCGUUUGGCAAUCUGAUGCAAUAGAGGAGAAUUUCCCUUGUGAAAGGGCAAUUUUAGUGGACCACUUGCAGAAAGGAUGUUGCUGUAUCUAAUGAGGGAAUGAGGAUUUUGUUUGCAAGGUCACCUAAAAUAUGUACUAAAAGCAGCCCAGGAGGCCUAGAAGAGACAUUACUCAUGGUAAUUUACAUAAAUCGAAUUCUCUGCUGGGAGUAAUAUGGGACUGUUACAUGAACACUGACUGUAGUAACUUAGUGUGCUGUGCAAAGUUAUCUCUUGCACCUCAGUUGUAUCAUUCACAGUUGCUAAGAAUGAGGAAAUAGCAAGAUAUGAACUAAGGAUCAUUCCUUAGGGUCCUCAGAGAAAGGGCAUUUGAAUUUGUAAUUAAAAAAACAAAAGAAAAUAUUGAAGUACAUAUUAGGUGCAUUAAGUAUGCUAUCUCAACAAGAAGAUCUUUGCUAACAGGUAUUUUGCUUAUGCUCAACUCAGCUGUCCUAGCUCUCUUGUAAAAUGAAAGAGAUAAGGCAGAAUGCAUGAGGAGGAUCCAUUAUUCUGAUGCUUAGAAAAAGUGAUGUCACAAAAUUUUGCUUAGAAGCCACAAACUGGAAAACUAAGCCUUUUCCCAUGGCAUUCUCACGAAUUAGUGUGCAUCAUGGGAAUUGCAUUCUGUAGUCUCAAGUGUUACCAGAAACUAGUUCUACUGAGAUGUCAGCUUCAAGGAGAUGGAUAUUAUCAGAAAAAUUUGGAAGCGGAAACCACAUUUCUGAGCUUGUUUGAAGGGAAGUGGAUCUCCUGAAGUAAGGGCUCCUCUGUCACUCUUGCUUUGUUUUCCUGUUAAUAUUAUAUGCAUUUGUUUUGUCUUUUGUUUUUUGGUGGCACAUGACUGGCAUAUCAGGGUUUCUUCCUCAAGUGUUUGAAAGCAAACUUUAGACUGCAAAACUUACAAAUAAUAGCCUAUUUUGACUGCAAAGAAUAAUGUUUCCCCCUUCAAGUAUAUACAUUUGUUGACCAGCCAAAAAUCCUGAGUGUAUGAUUCAAAGUAGAAUAUAGCUUGCUGAGUAUAAUUUCCAAUAAAUAUUACUAUUUUAGUAUAUAACAGAAUAUUAGUUCAUUAAUAUUUACAUCAUUAACAUUUUUAGGUAUUGUAUAUGCCAUUUCCCAAUUAUGUGUAAUUUGUUAUUCCAAGGAAAUUGGACUGAUUUUAAUAACCUAAAUGUGAUCCAAUACACAAUGUUUUCACUUGGACUUCUGUAGUUGAUAGGUACAAAACCCAGGGCCUAGGGUCACCUGCACACCCAAAGCAAUUAUUCUGGACAUCUGUAGUCUCCCACUUUGCCACCAGAACUCUUCAUGCAGAUUACUUUUGCCCCUUCUGCUAUUAGCAAUGAGGAAGAACAAUUAUAUUGGGAUUGCUGUUAGAAGGGGUGGAAGGAAAGCUUUCUACUUCUUUCCUUGGAGAUCUUCAUUCAGUUUGCUAAAACUUGAGUGUGACCUUCAGCAUCACAUAUGCUCAUCAAGACCAAAAGUAUUAUGUUCCCUCGCUGAAAAUGGAAACAGAAAAAUGAAUCUCCACUAAGUACUUACUGUACUGUAAAAAGUGAAUGAAGCAAGUGCCAUUGAUCUUUGUUGGGAAAAGGAUUCUCUUCCAAAGCAGUAUUAAACCAGACAGGAGUGGAUCCUCUUCUGCAUGGAAACAUCAAAGAAGCACCUGCCAAUAUAUUGCUGAAGUUAAUUGAAUUAUUAGAGAAAAUCACCAUGGGAGGAGCUGUGAGUGCAGGAGAAGACAAUGAUGAUUUAAUUGAUAACUUGAAAGAAGCACAAUAUAUUCGCACUGAAAGAGUGGAGCAAGCUUUCAGAGCUAUUGAUCGUGGUGAUUACUAUCUGGAAGGCUAUAGGGAUAAUGCAUAUAAAGACUUGGCUUGGAAGCAUGGGAAUAUCCAUUUAUCAGCACCUUGCAUUUAUUCUGAAGUCAUGGAAGCAUUGAAACUUCAGCCAGGAUUGUCUUUUCUUAAUCUGGGCAGUGGAACCGGCUAUUUAAGCACAAUGGUGGGAUUAAUAUUAGGGCCUUUUGGAAUAAAUCAUGGGAUAGAACUUCAUCCAGAUGUGGUGGAAUAUGCCAAGGAGAAACUGGAGAGCUUCAUAAAAUAUAGUGAUAGUUUUGAUAAAUUUGAAUUCUGUGAGCCUGCCUUUGUAGUUGGCAACUGCUUGCAAAUAGCAUCGGAUAGCCAUCAAUAUGACCGGAUUUACUGCGGAGCUGGUGUACAAAAAGACCAUGAAAACUAUAUGAAAAUCUUAUUGAAAAUUGGAGGCAUUCUGGUUAUGCCAAUAGAAGAUCAGCUAACACAAAUCCUGAGAACUGGGCAGAAUACCUGGGAAAGCAAAAACAUCCUUGCUGUUUCAUUUGCUCCACUUGUGCAACCAAGCAAGAGUGACUCUUGCAAAAAUGAUACUGUGGGACUGCGUAAGUACUAUUUUUGUUUUCCCUUAGUACUGUUUGCUAGUGAAGGUACUUGUAUCUAUAUUGUUAAAGUUGUACUCACAUGCAUCAUUUAGGGGAAACAAAUCCGAUCUGAUUGCUCCUUUUAACAUCCAUGGCACCUCUGCAUAUUUUAUUUAUUUACAAUGUGUUUAUCUUCCUCCACAGCAAAAUAGACUUUAGAGCAGUAAAACAAAACAAUGAAAGAAAAAAAACUAAAAUACCAAAUGAAAAGCUUUUAGGAAUAAAAUAAUAAAACCCAUGUCUGAUCAAUCAAGGAAGUGCUGCCUCUUAAGAUUUACAAAUUGAGCUCUGCUCACAAAACCAGGCCAGGAUAUUCAAGAAAUGAAUGAAUGUAUUUAUUACAUUUAUAUUUCAUCUUUCCACCCAAACCUGUGCUUAUAUGGCUCAUAAUGGCUUAUAAUAGCAUGUGACACAGUGGCCUGAGGUUGGAAGAAGAAAUUUGGGACACCCUUUUAUGGGUGGAAGAGCCUUUCUGCUCACUGGAGCAAUGUUUUGGAUCCAAUCCAUCCAAUUCAAAAAGCAUCUGUAUAGAUUUUUUGUCCCUGAAGUUGAACCAAAAUGGCUGAUGAGGAUGCCAUGCAAAUUUACUAUUAGAUAUAAAUGUGGAUCCCUGCACUGGAACUAUUUGAAAUGUUAUUCAGUGUACGGCAUUGUUUGACAGUGCCUUGCAGAAGUAUUCAUAAACAUCCUUUUGACUUUUCUACAUUUUGUUGUGUUACAACUUGGAACUGAAAUGUGUUAAUUGCUGUCAUUACCAUUUCAUGUACACAAGGGACUCAAUGCUGUGCAGGUGUGAAAUAAAUUUAUCAUUGUGCAAUACAUCUGCAAGGCAUUGUGAGGCAGCCAUGCAAUAAAAUCUUUAUUCCACCUACCAUUUCAUAUUUCCUAGCCGGCCUCUUUCCUCAGUGCCCACUGGAACACCAGCAACAGUCUCUGGUGGGUGAUCUACAGUGACAGCUGUUUAGUGGGAGAAAAUGCAUGCUGAUAGCAGCACACUGAGAUUUGUUCUGUCCUUGUGCAUACACACACUAGCACACACUACAGUAGCAAGCACACACUAGGUUCCCAAUGAAUUAGAGGAUGAAACCAACUGAAACCUUUUUUUCUGCACAGAUGAAUUUAAAUCUAGAAGGUGGCUCUUCUUUUGUUUGUCGUCAUCAUUUACUCAUAUUACUGAGUAUCUGUUCUGCUCUAUGUACCAGCCAAACUUGCCUUGUUGCUUCAUAAGGAGGAAUGUAUUUGAGAUAAUCACAUAUAAAAUGAAUUUAUAAAUGAAAGGCAUUACCAAUUAUUUCAUUAGAAAGUUCUAAAGCAAAUUGUACAAUCUUAGUCAGCUUUUCUGCCUGAGACGACUAAGAAGCUUAUAUGAAAACUUUCAAACUGAAAAUACAAGCAACUGAUCAAAGGCAGAGAGUGUGGUGUUAAGGCUUUUCUGCAUGGAGCAUUUACUGAACACUUGUCAUUCCUACUCUGAGUUGUUUACAGACUUACAGUUUAGAGUUUUAUAGUAUGAAGCAUACAAAAUGAGAUGAUUUUUUAAAGCAGCAAAAUACAGCAUUUAAUUGUGAAGGUAAGAGAAAAUAUUAUUUUCUCUGGUGUGCAAAGAACAAUUCUACCUAGAGGUUUUAUAGUAGAAAAGCAGGAAAGGAAGUGAUCCUUGUAUAGUUCUUCGAGCACAGUUCUGUACUGAUACCAAAAGUAAAUAAAGUGUCUUAACAGCCUUGUAUAGAAAUUCUCUUAGUGAUUAAUAACAAAACAUGUUUUAUUAUAGUUCAUUUUUCUUUCUCCUCAGACCCUUUUUGAUGCACAAUUGAUAAGAUCAUAAGAUCAUAUUUCUUGAUACGACACUAAACAGAGAAUUUGCUAGUUCAGUCUUAAUUGGAUUCCAGUCAGUAUAAUUGAUUUUCAUUAUAAAAUGUAGAUGAAUUCUAUAGUCUCUUAUAUUAAUAGUAGUUUUGGAUUUAGUCAUAGUUGAAGUGUACCCACUAAAAUCAAAUUAAAUCACAUUC